AUGCCGUCUUAUGGCGGUGAGGCAUUUUCACUGCUCGUGUAUGCAAGGCCGAUCACAGGCUACUUCCUUUCAGGAAUUAUAGCCAUUGGCGCAGCAGCUGGCGCGACAUACGUAGGCCUCGUUUCGCCCACGCCGCGGGACAUUGCGGCCAAUGCAGCCCUGCCGAUCUUCCGUGUCGAUGGUCAAAGCAUCAAUUGGCACGACGGCAUGGCCUCUCAUGGCUUCGGCUGGAAUCGUACCGCCGCCGACCCGGCCGUCGUGGAAUGGCAGCACAACCAUACUGCCCCGGUACAGACGUACUACACCUUCGCGCAGGGGGAAAAGCUCUAUCUCCGACAUGACACGGGGCUGGAUCUUGCCAUUGGCGACGGCAAGAAGUGA